CGGCUGCCUGCGCGGCGUGCGGGAAGCCUGCGCCUCCUUCCCCUCCCGAACCCAGCUGCAUUUAAACGCGGGCGCUGCUUGACCGGCAGGCCGCCGGCGCCAGCCCUCGCCAACCGCAUCUAUCCAGUCACGGGCCCCGCCGAAUCUGAAAGGAACCGGGUGAUGGGGAAGCUGGCGAGGCUGGUGGACGGCAUCAAGGAGAAGCUGGCCGGCGCCGGCUGCGGGGGCAAGGCCAGCAAGGCGGUGUGCUACGACAAGGUGGACAAGACGGAGAGCAUGAGGGUGGAGAUCAGGAGCCGCCGCGCGCGCCAGCUCAUCGCCAAGAACCUCGCCGCCGCCGACGACAUCGCCGGGUGCCGCCCCCGGGCCGGCGCCGGCGGGGGCAAGAAGAACAGGAAGAAGCGGUUCUUCGGCUUCUGAUCGACACGAUCGCCAGUCGAUCGUUCGGUUCCGUUUUGCCUUCGAUCUUGUCGUGAAUAAUCUUGUUGAUCAUCCGUGUAGGUGUAGCUAGCUAUAUCCAGAAACCAUCCUU